UGUAAGAAUGAUUCGCGCGCUUACGUAGUUCACCGCAUGACAGAACGCGUGAAAUACAUGUCGAAGGUCGAAAGAGAGUUUGCGCGCGUUGACAUGCCGAUAUAUAAUAGAGAGUAAGUGAAAAACGUGUCCGUGUAUUUAUCCUAGAAGAAAGGAAGAGCUACGAGAUAAAUACUAUGUUUUCUAAUGGACGUAAAACGAUAUUCUUGGCUGGUUGUGCAUGUGUUGGAGCUUACGUUGCUUAUCGAUAUUGGAAGAAAAGAGAACUGAAGUCAAUCGACGAAGGUUUCGACGAAGUUACUAAGAUCGAUGACAGUUAUGAAAAAAGGAUACUUCUACUUGGUUUAGACGGAGCAGGUAAAACAUCUGUAAUGAAUCAAAUGCGCAUCAUCUAUGGUGAUAAAAGACCGUAUAAAGUUCCAACUAAACCUACUCGAGGUUUUACUGUAUAUAGAAUAAAAUGUGGAUCUUUUACAUACAAUGUUUGGGAAAUUGGAGGUGCGGAAAGCAAUAGGGAGUUUUGGUCAACCUUUUUACAAGACACCGAUCUUUUGAUAUUUAUGGUAGAUGCUUCUAAUACAAAUAAAUUAUCUCUUGCUGUUUCGACAUUCAAGCAGUUAUUAGGAGAUACACGAAUAGAUACCGUACCAAUAUUAGUUGUUGCCAAUAAACAGGAUAUUCCUGGUGCACUUCUACCGCAUCAAGUAAAAGAAGCUUUAGAUGUGGAAAGUAUUUCUCCACAUAAACAUAAGGUAGAAGUUAUCGGAUGCCAAACGAGGCCUUUACCUGAUUUUCUAUCUGAAUAUACCUGGUAUCAUAAGUCUGUAAAAGCUGUUACUGAAAAAUUAUGUUCUAUGGCUGUUUAUUAAGAAAUUGGUAUUUUUUAAUUUAUUUAUUUCAUUUAUCCAAUGUUUGCACAAUUAAUCUAUAUAGAUAAAAACAAAUAGUAUGGUAGAGGAAACAAAAAAUAUAGUCUCCAUGAUAUAAAGAAGACUGCAAAAUGCUUAAUAUCAGUUAAACCUUGUGUUGAAAAUACAAUGUUCUACGUUGUACAUACAACGCUAUUGCCGUAACGUUGCUGUGAUGGAAUACAUUCAUUUUUGUAAUAAUAAUAUUAUUUAUAGCA